AUGGGCGUCCGGGAGAGCAAAACUCUGAAGGCUAUUGCCGAGGAGGCGACACAGCGAGUGUCGGAACUCUCGCCACGGGAUGUGACUGACAUCGUUUGGGCCCUGGCGCAUGCGCAGACCCCAGCCCCUGGCUUCAUGGCCGCAGCCGCCGGAUAUGCCAAGGCGCGGCAGUCCUCUUUCGGCACCCAGGAGCUGCUGCGUUUUCUGGGAGCCUUCCGCCGGGCAGGAGGGGAUGCCGAAGCGUACGCCGAGAUGACUUCAAGGCAGCAGGAACUGCGCUACGACUUCCCGGCGCUGGGGGGUUUACAGGUCGCUCUCCAGGCCGCGACCCCCGGGCAGCCAAGUCGCACGCGGCGCCGCGUGCGUGCAGCCGCACUGCGAGAGCAGUCGGAGCUAAAGGGAGACCCACAGCGAGCAGAUGGAGGAACUACAGGAGUAGCGCUGUGGGAGGCCUCCUUCGUGCUGGCCGAGUGGCUAUCCAGGCAGGGGGACGGUCACGGCGGUCUACUGGCCUGCAGUGCCCUGCAGGAGCUGCUGACCGGAGCUGGCAAAGCCCAGAGUGCCAGAUGGCGCAGAUGGCGCGGCAAGGUGGGGGUGGAGCUGGGCGCUGGCCUGGGCCUGCCGUCGAUCGUUGCCUCGCAGCUGGGCGCCCAUGUCGUGGCAACGGACGGCGACGCCUCUGUCCUGACGCUGCUUCGGCGGAAUGUGGAGGAGAACCGAGGAUCAGGCGCCUUGCGGGCAGAGGCGUUGCUGUGGGGCUCCGAGGACCCCCUCUCCAAGAUUGGCCUCGACGAGCGUCCGGACUUCCUCCUCGCUGCAGAUGCAGCCAGUUUCAAGGGCGGGGCGUAG